AUGGCCAACCUCGCACGCAGUCCAAAAUCGGGCAGCGACUGGACUCCCAACGACCUGGCCGCAUACAACAUACGAGUUGAAUACCAAGACUCACGAGCCUUUUUCGGUAUAGCUGACUUGCCCCAACCGCAUGUCGACGAUGAAGUGAUGAACGCCCCCGACGCUGCUGCUACGCAGCGCGACGAACCUUACACCCUCCUUCGUACCAUGGAUCUCGCGAUGGCCGCUCCAUAUGGCGAGGAGUCCGCCGUCGACGACUUUGCCGUGCAACUCUUCAAAAUGCUUGGUUACACGGGCAGGGCUCUUGGCAGGGUUGCGAGGACGAGAAAGGACAUAGCCUUUUGGGUGUGUGGCCAGGAAAGGCACGUCAAAACGGACGUCUGCAUCAUGGAUGACUCCGAGAUACUGGAUGACUUCCCUCAUCCACUGCUUCUUGUUCAAGAAGAUAAAAGGCACUUGGAUCAAUCUGAUCCAGAGCCUCAACUCGUCGCAGAGGCGAUCGCGGCCUUAUACCACAAUAACAGGAUACGCGUUCAGGCUCUCGGGGUGCCUGCCCUUGAGAGCAGGGUCAUACCUGGCAUCAUCAUGAAGGGUACAAUGCCGACCUUCUACCGGAUCCCGGUUACUACCGAGCUUGUUCGCGCUGUUCAAAUGGGCGAGUAUCCCGAGCAGGAAACCGUCGUCUAUGCCCACGUCCCCUCGGUUCCCAGACCUGCUCGUCGUUACAGUGAGGGCAUGAAGCCACUGGACAAUCGCCGCAUUGUGUUGUCCUGCUACGAAGCCUUCAAGCAGUUCCUCUGA